UGCUAGGGAGGAGGUGCCUUGCUCCUACGUGGCAUCACCUGGGUGCAGACUCGCCUGGGUGAGUGUGCCCAGCUGCUCUCGACUCCUCCGCAGCCACGUUCCUCUCCUGAGCAGGACAGCAUGGUGCAGCGUGUGGCAGUGGUGGGAGCAGGUGUCAGCGGGCUGGCGGCCAUCAAGUGCUGCCUGGAAGAGGGGCUGGAGCCCACCUGCUUCGAGAGGAGUGAUGCUGUUGGAGGACUCUGGUACUACACGGACAAAGCAGAAGAAGGCAGAGCCAGCAUCUACCGCACUGUCUUCACCAACUCCUGCAAAGAGAUGAGCUGUUACCCUGACUUCCCCUUCCCUGAUGACCACCCCAACUACAUGCACAACACCAGGCUCCAGCACUACAUCUGCAAGUAUGCCAAGCACUUUGACCUUCUCCAGCAUAUACAAUUCAAGACCCUGGUCACCAAGGUUAGAAAACACCCCAACUUUUCUGUGACGGGGCAGUGGGAGGUGGUGACCCAGAGGGAUGGGAAGGAAGAGACAACUGUUUUUGAUGCUGUAAUGGUUUGCUCUGGGCAUCAAGUCUACCCAAACCUCCCCUUCGCUGACUUCCCAGGAAUAGAGAAGUUUAAAGGCUGCUACUUUCACAGCAGAGAGUACAAAGAACCAGAGCAGUUCAGAGCGAAGAAGGUGCUGGUGAUAGGCUUGGGCAACUCUGGUUCUGAUAUUGCUGUGGAGCUCAGCACCAUGGCGUCACAGGUCUACCUGAGCACUCGAAGUGGGUCCUGGGUGAUGAAACGUGUCUGGGACAAUGGCUACCCCUGGGAUAUGGUGGUCAUCACUCGCUUCCAAACCUGGCUGAGGAAUAUCCUUCCCAGGGCACUCAGUGACUGGUUGUAUGUGAGAAGCAUGAAUCGGUCCUUCAAGCAUGAGAAUUUUGGCCUCAUGCCACUGGACAGAGCCUCCCGCAAGGAGCCAGUGUUCAACGAUGACCUCCCAGCUCGCAUCGCCUGUGGCAUGGUGGUGAUAAAGCCAAACGUGAAGGAGUUCAGAGAAACAUCCGUCUUGUUCCAAGAUGGGACUGUGCAGGAUGACGUCGAUGUUGUAGUCUUUGCCACUGGUUACAUUUACUCUUACCCUUUCAUGGAGGAUCGUUCCAUCAUCAAAAGCAGGGACAAUGAGGUCACCCUUUACAAAGGUAUCAUCCCUCCUCAGCUUGAGAAGCCAACCAUAGCAGUUAUUGGGCUGGUCCAGACACUUGGAGCCAUCAUGCCAACAGUGGACCUCCAAUGCCGCUGGGCAGUCAAGGUGUUUCAGGGGCAGUGCAUGCUCCCUCCCAUCAGUGAGAUGAUAGAUGACAUUGAUGAGAAGAUGGGGAAGAAGCUCAAAGGGCACAGGAACAGCACCACGCUGCAGCCAGAUUACAUCACCUACAUGGACGAGCUGGCCUCAGCCAUUGGUGUAAAGCCCAGCAUGAUGAAGCUCCUGCUGACAGAUCCACGGCUGGCCUUGGAGGUCUUCUUCGGCCCCUGCACGCCCUACCAGUUUCGGCUAACGGGCCCAGGGAAGUGGAGUGGGGCCAGAAAGGCCAUCCUCACCCAGUGGGACCGCACCCUGAGAGCCACACAAACACGCAGCACCCCUGCUGCCCCCAGCACCUUUCCCUGGCUGGCUGUGAUGGGGAUGCUCUUCCUGCCACCACUUCUUCUCCUCCUCACUGCCCUUUAUAGUUAGAGGACCCAAGCUGGAGAGGAGAUGGAUCUGAGAAGGCCUUACAGCAGCAUUUCAGUAUCUGAAGGGGAGCUACAGGAAGGCUGGGGAAGGACUGAUUAGAAGGGCUUGUAGUAAUAGGAUGAGGGACAACGGUUUUAAACUAGAGCAGGGUAGAGUUAGGUUGGACUUACAAAGGAAGUUCUUUACAAUGAAGAACAGUAGUGGAAUACUGAAACAGGCUGCCCAGAGACAGCGUGGAGACCCCAUCCCUGGAAACACAGUCAGACUUGAUAGGGCCCUGACCAACCUGAUCUCCUUGAAGAUGUCCCUGCUUACUACAGGGGAGAUGGACAAGAGUACCUUCAAGAAUCCUUUUCAACCCAAUGCAUUCUAUGAUUCCAUGAUGCUGGGAGGAUGUGGUGAGGAUGGGAAGGGAUGUCGGACUACUGUGCAGUGUGUGUGUAUGGGAUGCUUUCUCCAUCUGAGCAAUGUGGGCUGCUGCCCUGCUGGUUACCUGAAAAUAAUUCAUCAAGAGAUCCCCAAAAAUGGCAUUGAUAAAUCAUGUGCAGUCUCCAUACAUGGUAAAUUUGGGGGUUUCUCAGGUAGGCCUAUGAAAGAUUGUAAAUAUCAAGUGCAGUAUCUACUGGUUGUUUUAUCCCUCUAAAUGUGUUUCAAAUAGUAGUACUUUGUUACACAGCUUUAAA